AUGUUCCUCACCCGCUCCGAGUACGACCGCGGAGUCAACACCUUUUCGCCCGAGGGCCGACUCUUCCAGGUCGAGUACGCCCUCGAGGCCAUCAAGCUCGGCUCGACGACAGUCGGCAUCGCCACGAGCGAGGGAGUCGUCCUCGGCGUGGAGAAGCGCGUCCAGUCCAAGCUGCUCGAGUCGAGCUCCAUUGAGAAAAUCAUGGAGGUCGACCGACACCUCGGCACCGCAAUGUCGGGCCUCACCGCCGACGCACGCACCAUGAUCGAGCACGCCCGCGUCACUUCCCAGAACCACGCCUUUACCUACGACGAGGAAAUCAAGGUCGAGUCCGUCACACAGUCCGUCUGCGACCUCGCACUGCGGUUCGGCGAGGGCACCGAGGACGACGAGGCCAUGAUGAGUCGGCCGUUUGGCGUCGCGCUCCUGAUUGCUGGCAUCGACGAAAAGGGCCCUCAACUAUACUAUGCCGACCCCUCGGGGACAUCAACGCGCUACGACGCCAAGGCCAUCGGAAGCGGCUCAGAGGGUGCCCAGGGAGAGCUGCAAGACAAGUACAAAAAGGACAUGUCGUUGCGGGAAGCGUGCCUGCUGACGCUGCGCGUUCUCAAGCAGGUCAUGGAGGAGAAGCUCGACGAGAACAACGUCCAGCUCGCCACCGUCGUCCCGCGCACCGCAAAGGACGGAAGGCAGUCGGGCCAGUUUGCCAUCAUGAAGGAGGACGAGCUCAAGGCCCUCAUCGAGGCCAUGUAA